GCAGAGCCGGGCGCGCCGUGCAGCAGCGCGGUGCCCCGGCGCCGAGCAGAGCACGGAGGAGUCGGAACCAGGAGUCCCGCGGAGCCGCUGGGCGAUUGCGGCCGCACCGAGGCGCAACAGGCGGGGCUCGGGGCGGGAGACGGUGGCAGCAGGGGCGGCGGGCGGAUGGCGGCGGGUGGCGGCGGCAGCGGCGGGCUCUGAAGGCGAGGGGGCCGAAGGCUGUCGCGGCGGCGGGGCAGAACCGGCAGGAUGCGGGCGGAGGAGCCGCUGGCGCUGGCGGCCCCACGGGCGGGCGGCGGCGAAGCGGAGGCGGAGGCGCCGGGUGAGGAGCGGAGCGGCGGCAGCUGCUGCAGCAGCGAGCGGCUGGUGAUCAACAUUUCCGGGCUGCGGUUCGAGACGCAGCUGCGGACCCUCUCCAUUUUCCCCGACACGCUGCUGGGAGACCCCAGUCGCCGGGUCCGCUACUUCGACCCGCUCCGCAAUGAGUACUUCUUCGACCGCAACCGGCCCAGCUUCGACGCCAUCCUCUACUACUACCAGUCCGGGGGCCGGCUGCGCCGACCGGUCCAUGUGCCCCUCGACAUCUUCCUGGAGGAGAUUCGCUUCUACCAGUUGGGCCAGGAGGCCAUCGAGACCUUCCGGGAGGACGAGGGCUUCAUUCCAGAAGAAGAGAAGCCCCUGCCCCAGCACCACUUCCAGCGCCAGGUCUGGCUGCUCUUUGAGUACCCUGAGAGCUCCGGGCCGGCCAGGGCCAUCGCCAUCGUCUCCGUGCUGGUCAUCCUCAUUUCCAUCGUUAUCUUCUGCCUGGAGACCCUUCCCGAAUUUCGACAGGAGCCCAAGGGCACCCAGCCCGACUUUGGGGAGACGGCGCCGCUGGGCGAGGAGGCGCUGCUGCUGCCGCCGCCACCGCCACCGAGUGGGACUCCACCGCCCCUGCGCCCCGCUGCUGGCGCCGGCCCCUUCUUCACCGACCCUUUCUUCCUCAUAGAGACCCUAUGCAUCAUUUGGUUCUCCUUUGAGCUCCUUGUCCGCUUUUUUGCCUGCCCCAGCAAGCCCGAGUUCUCACGCAACAUUAUGAACAUCAUUGACAUUGUGGCCAUCAUCCCCUACUUCAUCACCCUGGGUACUGAGCUGGCCCAGCAGCAGCAGCAGAAGCAGCAGCCUGGCAGCAGCAGCAACAAUGGGGGCCAGCAACAGGCCAUGUCUCUGGCCAUCCUCAGAGUCAUCCGCUUGGUCAGAGUCUUCAGGAUCUUCAAGCUCUCCAGACACUCCAAGGGGCUGCAGAUCUUGGGGAAGACUCUCCAGGCCAGCAUGAGGGAGCUGGGCCUCCUGAUCUUCUUCCUCUUCAUUGGGGUGAUCCUCUUCUCCAGUGCUGUCUAUUUUGCAGAGACUGAUGAUCCCGACUCCCUGUUCACUAGCAUCCCUGAUGCUUUUUGGUGGGCUGUGGUGUCCAUGACCACUGUGGGCUACGGGGACAUGUAUCCCAUGACAAUUGGUGGCAAGAUUGUGGGUUCCUUGUGUGCCAUCGCGGGUGUGCUUACCAUUGCCUUGCCCGUCCCUGUCAUCGUGUCCAACUUCAACUACUUCUACCACCGUGAGACUGACCAUGAAGAGCAGUGCCAGUACACCCACGUCACCUGUGGCCAGCAGCAGUCACCCUUCUCUGAGCCCAAGAAGGGGGACAGCAACCAAUCCCUCAGCAAAUCUGAAUUCCUGGAAGCAGAAGACCUGGAGUCCAUGAAAUACUCCAAUUUCAUUCCUCCCAACAACCAAGGUUAUAAAGAGAGGAAAAUGCUGACAGAGGUGUGAUCAAUUUUGUUAUGCUGGGUCCAGGCACAGAGCUGCAAGAUGCUGCACAGCCGUCUUCCUACUAGCAGCUAGAUCUGUUCAGCAUUUACAUGCCAGACUGUGAAUUGUGAUACCGUAAACAAAAUGAUUGUGGUGAUAAUGGGCUCUUCUGCCCUGAUUUGCUGUUUCUCAUUACCGUGUGCAGCCGGAAAUGUUCUCGCUUUAUUCCAUGGAGUGCUAGCUGUCAUCCCCGUGAAUUUCUUUGUCUUGUUUUGGAAGACUGCUUUAAGGCAAUAUUUGCUCUGAAACAUAUAGCCUUUCUACUCCACUGCCGGAGAAGCCCUUGCCACUACUUCAGCUAAAGGAUUCAGCAGGGACUAAACAGUUAAAGGGGCUACAAACAUCUGGCUCAAGCUGUGCCCUUAGUUCCUGUGCCAGCGCAGUGCCCUUGGCUCUGUGAUCAGUCACGCCUGCCAUGCCAUUGCCUUUGAAUAAUGGAAAUGCUGUAGCCAGCAUCUCAGUGAGGUCUGCAGCUGUAGGGGAAAGUCGGCAAGCAGAUGCCUGCCUGCCUUCUUUGCAGCCUUAGACAUGCUAAAGAGCCACUCGGUGUUUCAAAGAAGGUGCAUAGUUCUGAAAGCUCUUUGCUGCUUGCUACUAUAUACCAUUUACCAAUCCCAGGCUUGUAGAAAGCAACAGGCUUGAUGAAGAUUCUCUGUGCUUUGAGCUUAUUUCAACUUUAUUUGUGCCAGUGCUGUGAUGUUAACUGGCUUUCGUUGUACCAGCUUAGUUUUCAGAGUGGUGCCUUCUGAUGCAAGGCACAUCGGAGGAAAAUUUUCUGUUAUCUCUGCAGUCUGUCCCUGCAUAGUAGCAUUUAAUGAGACGUUCUUCAUGCUUCAGAUAUCCAGUUCUGUAUUCAGGCAUGUGAGAGCAAUUGACUCCACUGUGUUUGUGUUGAAGCAUUUCUAUAGCUGAGGGAAGUUUUGUUGUCGCUAUUUGGUUGAUGUUGCUGAAGGACCCUGACCACAGACAAUUACACUUGGUGCCGUCUGAAAAUUGCACUGAUUUAGCAGGGCACAGGCAUAAAUUGCCCCGGGGUGAGCGUGUCAGCAUUUGAAGUUUAGACUGGAACAAGCUUCCUUAAGCCAUCUGCACAAAUCCCACUGGCAUACCCCAGGCCUUUCAAAUGAGAGGAGAAACAGCUAGCCUUGAAGAAGUGCUUUGUUGUGCCACUGAUCUAGCCAGUUCUUGAUAUUUCAUGGCUAGAAGACAGAGCAAUGUGUUUUGUAUGAGCUAGAAGACACAGCAACGUCUUCUGUGUGCUCUGGGUUGUUUUGAGAGCAGUUUAUGCUAGCAAUGCAAAAUGCACAGUUUGGCCUGCAGUGCUGAGUUUUCCCAGGGACCAGAAAUGUUCACAUCUUGAGAUGCACAUUUUGAUUCCCAGAUCAUUUAUAUAUUUUUUUUUUCUUAAAUCAGCUCUGCCUUACAUCUUGAAAACGUUUCAGAUGCUGCCAGUCCUCGACAAGGGGAAAUGGAUGCUUUCAGAUUCCAUUGGCAGAUUUUCCUGCAAGGAGAAGUCUUUCCUGUUUUUCUUUUUUUAAAUCCAAGUGUGUUUUCUGCAUUCACAUGUAUGCAUGUGCAGGAAAGCAAAGGCAGCCAUUAAUGCCUUGCGUCAUGCUGUGUGAUACGCACGUUAGAAUGUACUACAUAUUGCAUGUGACACAUGUAAUACAUAAAGCAGGCAUAAUACCGAGGUGCAAAAUGAAUGCAUUUUAUUUAUAUGUAUAUAUUAUGCUUUUUUGAACCAUAAAGCUAAGAAGUAUGCUGCAGACAUACACCUUCAUGUAGACAGAACUGGCUACAGAGCUGAUUGUGAGACAGGAUCUGUUUGCAUCUUUGUUGCUCUAUUUGGUUUUUGUUGUCGUGAGAUCUGGCUCCAUGCCUACAGUGCUUUUAUUGUGGCCUCUCCCCAUCUGGGCCCUUGUCAUACAGUAGAAGUUGUUUGUGUAAAUCCUAACUGCUGCAUUUCUCCAGAGUCCUGUUGUCUUCUCUAAAGAUUUCUAAUGUGCAGGGAUCUCCCUUGGGUUCAGUGCACAACCAUUACGCUAAAAUCUCUGCUUUCUCUGUUGCUGAAAUCUGUAGCAAAAUGCCACUUGUCUCGUUUACUGCAGGUCAGUCUAGGAGAAACAAGUGUGAUGAGGUGAGGGUUCUGUGGCUGAGAGGAGUUUACUUGAAUGCAUAGAUGCCUAAUUCCUCUUUGGUUCAUAGCAACUGAGGCAAAUGUCUGUCUGGACCUUGGGAGCCACUCUACAUCCCUUGGUGCAUGUAACUAGUCAGCAAGUUAGAGAUCCUGGUGGUGUAAGUGGGACUGAGGAAGGAUCUGCAUGUGGCAUCUCUGUUGAUUUUGUGCAUAAGGUUGGCUUGGUCGUUGAGUUACUUAAGUAAAAAGCUGCUGUUGUUCUUAGUUGUGUUCCAGGGUCUCUAGAACGAAGUCUUUUCUGUGGGCGCAAGAGAGCGACUCUCAGAUUUUGUGUUGCUGUACCAGAUGCGCUAGAAACUAGCAAGAGAAGCUGCUGUGUAUGGGGGGUGUUUGAAGGCUGCUGCUGUCUCCUAGCAGAAUGCCCAUGUUUGGGGUUAUUUUAUGCCUGACCGUAUCAGCUGAUCAAAGUUUCCCCAAAGUUAAGAUAUAAAAAACUCAGGUUAAGCACAAGUCUGGGAGGAAGUGUGAGGUACACUAAGCCUAUGUCAGAAAGUUCCUGCGCUUGUUUCUUCCCUUGGGCCUGACCCCAUUGCUCCCUCCAGGCAGGAGCCCUGCCUGCUCGGAACAGGUUGUUCUCCCAGCUGAGCAUGGAGUCUCUGGCACAAAAAAAGAUGUGAGACAAAAUGAUUGGUGGCCCAGCAUGCCUUGUAAAGAUGUUCUUUUAGAGGGAUGUCCUGCUCUCAGGUGAUGUUCAGCCGUGAGCCUCUCACUGGAGCGCUGCCUGGAUGUGGGCACGUGUAUGCGUGCACAUGCAUACCCUAAGCGCUGCUGUGAAGGAGCCUUGCUGCAGACAGCUUUGUGCAGUGUUUUGCCAUCCACGUUUUCCAACUGUGAGAAGAAGGUGUAAAUGAAAAUGUGUAAAACAGGAGUGGUGUUUGCUCCUUCUGAGUUUUCUGCGCUAGAAAGCAGCAUUAAAAAAGCCACUAGAGGCUUGGAAGGUGUAACUGAGGCAUGUAAAUUCUUAUCCAAGCAUCUCCUUGAAAAGCAAGGCAGUGAAGUCCCACUACACAUUACAGAACUUCUGAAAUCUGAAGGUUUUUGAUAAGGAGGCUUCAGAUUUUUUUUUCCAAGUGACUAAAGUGGCAUCCAUGGCAUUGACUUUAAGGAGGACUCGUGUCACCAAAUCAGAGAUGCUUUCAAAAGUCUUACCUCAAGUUCUCAGCAUUUAGCUCCUAGAUGUUCAAAAUACUAAUCUGUCUAGCUGUUUCCUUUUGAAGGCAGAGCACAUCCUUGUGAAGCAAAGUAGGCACCUCCGGGGACUUGUUUCCAUAACAACCUCCCAGACUGUUCCCUCUCUACCCGGUGACUUUGGCUACAAGCAAAAGCACUCGUUGAAUAUUUUCACUUCUCAGCUUAUUAGUACCUUCUCUUUCCAGCUUCCUGAAGAUAAUCCCAUCCCCUUAUGUCAUGUACAACUGUCCUGUCCAGCUCCAGACAAACAGUUACCAUCACUUGAAAGCAGAGAAUGCAAACCAGGAGAUGGGGAGACAUUUUAUCUAUAUAUCCUUGCACACAGAGAGAUGGGGAGUGUGUGAAGGACACUCUGAGCACCCACAGUCAAGCAUCUGAGGGACAAUUAGUCUGUGAGUGUGUAGUGUCCUCAGGGUGCUUGGUGACAAAGAAAUAGAAGCUAAAGCUUCACGUUAAAAGGAAAGCAAACUAAACCAAACCAUACCCAGUUUUGCUGUAGAAGAGACUAUUGCUCCUUCCUGAACCUUUGGCUUUUCUGUGACAAUCAGUUCCGCAGAAAAUUUUCCCAUGUGAUGUUUUGCACAAGAGCAAGACAGGGCAGAAAUCAUCUUGUUGGAUGUAGGGAAGGAAAGAAAGGAAGAAUUCCACAGAGGACAUUUUAUUUUUAUCAGCAAUUCAUCAUUCAUCUAAGAGACCAUAAGCAUGAAAGGCUUGAAGAGCUGUUUUGCAAUAUUUCAGUCUGCAUUACCAGUGCAUUCCUGCACUUUCCUCCAAGAUGAAAUUCCUAUUCUGCUGUUGUUUGGAAAAUGUGGCAAUUUGGGAUUUCUGAGCCAUUUCUGGUUUGGCCCUGUUGCUUUUGAUCCAGCUUUCGUGGAUAAAAAGUCCCUGCAAUGGCAGCUGUGGGGGUGAAGGUGACCAGACUUGAUAUUCAUUCUUAGGCUUCCUUGUUCAAGUGUACAGAGAUCCAUGCAGAGACAAAGCAGAUGAGCAUAAAGGAAAUUCAGGGCAUCAAGAGACAUGGUAAGGAUUGAAGUGUUGGAAAGAUCAUCAACCCUAAAAGCAAAGGAACAAACAGCUCCACUGUCUGCUGCCAUAGCAGAAAGAGGUCCUGUUUUCAUCAGGGAAAAGUCUGCAGAUUCCAACAGGAGUUAAACACAGCGUUCCCAAAAGCUCUCAUCUGGCUUGAUUCCAAGCUGGAUUCUGAAUGCUGCAAGGCUGCCGUGUCAGGAUGCUGCAGGAAGAGGUUGUUACAUCUUCUGACUGUGGAGUUGGUGAAGUUUUCCCCUGUGUGCAGGGAGCACCACAUUUAUGGGCAGGAAGUUGUUUUCCUUGCUUUGCAGUUAUCUCACAGCUGUUGUUUUUGCACGAGUUAACAGUCUUAGUUCCAGGGAAUCAAAGCUGGGACGUGAACAGGACUUAGAGGCAGGAGGCAAGGAGAAUCCCAUAAAAGAUUCCAAUGUUUCUCAUUUCUGGGAAAGCUAAAUAAAGCAAGAUUCCAUUCCCCAUGGCUUAUGAGCAGCAAUUUAUAAGCUGCUCAUUGAAAGCUGCAGACAAGCACCAAGUCCUAUGGGAAGCUGAGAGUGAGCACUGGGCAUCUCCAAAAGACUCUGUUAUUGUAACUUUAAUUUUAAACCUUUUCUUCUUCUUCUUUAUUCUUUAUUUAUUUUCAUUUUUUUCCCAAGUGGAGAAGCCAGUCCAGGCAAACAUAUAAGGUCAACCCUCAGAAGAGCAAAUAGAGAAGUGAACCAGUGGCCAAAGUCUUUUCGCUUGUCUGCCUGUCUUUUGGCCUUUGGUUACUGUGCUGUUUGUUUUGAUAACUCAGAUCAAUAGUAGAUGUUUCACAGCUCUACAAGUAGUAAUCAUGCACAAUAGCUAAGAAAUGGGCCCAAGCUAGAGGUAUUCCUCAUUUACCUGUGAAGUGUCUUGCUUUAAAGUAUGUGUAGUCAGUUCUUGUUAUGAACACCUGAGUCCAUUGCCUGUUCUAAAGAAGGUAGUGAUUUAGUCUCAGUGGUUGUAGAGAGUUCCACUGUAGUAGCACUGUUUGUAGUCUUUCCUGUGAUUUAGAAGGCACAAUAGCUCUGAAAAUGUAAUCUAAUUGUAUGUAGCAUUCCCAGAAAACUCUCUGAAGCCUUCUCCUGUUGCACCAUUUUGCUACAAACCUCAGCUGGUUUUCAAGCUCCACAAGCCCACACUGUGCUGUGCUGUGCUGGAAAAAAAAACAAACAAUUAGCACUGAGAAGUGAAGGGCAGAGAAGGAUGCUCUGGCCUGUAAUGCCAUCCUUUUGGCAGCAGCAAAGGUCAUGCAUGAAGUCAAAUGUCCAUAACCACAGGUGGAUCCACACUUGAUGUGUUGCCAGCUCUGCAUAGGAGGGUGGGUUAAGAUAAUUGAUUCUGGGAGGGGAGAAACUGAGAGGAGGAAUGGAGUAAAAAGUGCUCUGAGCAUAGCAACUGGGAUUUUCAGAAGGUACUCUUAAUGAAUGCUGGGCAUUAGAGUUACCUAGGACUCUUUGUCAGUAACACCCUCUACAUUUUCAUGAGCAAGAUUUAGCCUGGCUGCCUGUUCCCACGGUCAAAGUCUGAGAGAAAAGAGGUAGAAGGCAGCUCACCCUAAUUUGGCAGCUCUCAGCAGCUGUAACAGGCUGGGACUGCUGGCUGAUGAGCUGGGACUCAAACUGACUUGUAGGAUUGGACUUAAAGAAACACUGAGGUGCCAGCUCCAAAGAUAUUUUUAUCCCAGGUCUGCUAAGUAGUCCUGAGUGUGGACAUGAGUCUGCAGUUCAUAGGAGGCAAUGUGCACUUCGUGUUUGUAUUGUUUGGGUGCUGUCCUAGAUUUAAUCCAAGACAGACGCCCACGUCAGCCAUGGGCUGCAGGCCAUUAGCAGGUCUGAGCCAGCCAGCACAGCUGACUUGAGAUGGCUACAGGUAUGUCCCAGACCAUCACCAUCACACCGAGUAUGAAGGAGAAAGUCUGCUGAGGAGGGGAGAGGUUCCUGGUUGGGCUUCUUUGCAUCCUGCUCCUCUUUUUGCCUUCCUGGGUGUUGUGACUGCUGCACUGUUGCUGGCCGCAGUGAAUGUUUCUGUACUUUGUGUUGACAUUGGCAUGGAUUUGGCUAUUUCCUUAAAUCUGUUUUCAUUUCAACCUUUGGGUUUCCUCUCUUUUUCCUGACUCCUCCUCCUCUGCUGGGGAAGAGUUGGUGGAUGAUAGAGUGUAUGAUGGUUUGGGUGUUCCUCGCCCCUCCCGACUUUGGAAAUCACCCAGACAAGACUCAGCGGCUCUGGAAAUUGAAUGUUUAUAUUUACAGCUUAGCACAAUAUAGAAGCAGAUAUUUACAAUCUAGACAGUUAUAGACAGAAAUACACAAAUUAAAAAGUAAUACAGAAACACAACAGCCUUCCCAGAAACCUGAGUCCCCAGGGAGGGCUCUCAACUGCCUUUCCACCCUCUACCCCUCUGCCUUACCCAAGACAUUGCCUUACACCCAAGGAAGAUUGGAGAGUUGGUCUGGGGGAUUAGGAAGCAGAUGGAUUAGUCACACGGAUGGCAGGUUAGGUUAGAGAGAGUUUAGCCCACAAAGCCUAGAGAGCAACUCUGUUGUCUAUAUUUAUGUUCUUGUUCCUAUACAUCUCAGCAAGCCUAUGAGUGUAGUAGACAUCACCACUGUUUUCCUUUUCACAGCCUAUCAGCUAAUUCUUCUCACCAAAACGUUCUAGCUAGGCUCAAACUAAUGUAAGUGACUGCUAGAGUUUAACUCCAGAUAUGGUCUAAACAGAGGGGUGCAAAUAAUAUAAAGACCUACUCUAUGUCUUAGUGCAGGCCACCUCGAAGUGUGGGGACUUCUCUGAAUCGCUUUGUAUGCUGAUGUAUGUGUGUGGCAAGGCCUUGUGCUUUGCCAUUAGUAACCAGAGCUGCUGGGCACAUUGCUUUCAGUGCCAACCUAAGUGCACGCUGACUUAAGGAAGAUGUGAAUAGGCUGCAGAAGUCUGAGUACCCUUUAGAUAUGUGGCAUGUAGAUCAAAGACUUUAGACUAGGCUGUGAGUAAGUACAAACAGCAGGGAUGGUAGUUAGAAGAGCACUUUGCUUUUGCUCUAAAACCUUGCACCAUAGCUUAUUUUAAGGGACACAGUUGGGAUAUGCAGGCCAGGUCAUGUAGUGAGAGAAGUAACUGGAGAAGAGGAGGCUCCAAGGUGACCUUCUUGUGGCCUUCCAGGAUCUGAAGAGUGCCUACAAAAAAGCUGGGAAGGGACAUUUUAGGCUCUCAGGGAGUGACAGGACUAGGGGGAAUGGAGCAAAGCUGAAGGUGGGGAAGUACAGACUGGAUGUGAGGAGGAAGUUGUUGAGCAUGAGAGUGCUGAGAGCCUGGCAUGGGUUGCCCAGGGAGGUGGUUGAAGCCCCAUGGCUGGAGGUGUUUAAGGCCAGGCUGGCUGAGGCUGUGGGCAGCCUGCUCUAGGUAGGGUGUCCCUGGGCAUGGCAGGGGGUUUGGAACUAGAUGAUCCUUGUGGUCCCUUCCAACCCUGCCUGAUUCUAUGAUUCUGAGUAACUGCCUUAUCAGAGCUUGGCUGAUCAGUGCAAGUCUGGUCCAGCGUUUCUUGUGGCUGGUGGAGUUUUUCUGUUUGUUGCACUGGAAACAUGAAACCUUUCAAGUGCAGCACACCUGGUGACCAGAGCUUUUAGAUGGAACGUCUGCUUCAGGCUGUUUGGUGGCUUCAGACUCUGUGAGUAUAAGGCCUUUAGAGAGAAUCCUACAUGCAGUGGGAGAAGAGAUUAUUUGGCUUGAAAGUUGACCAAGGAGAUUGGACUCAGCUGAGGUUUGAACAGCCAAUCAUUGUCUGUAUUGGUGAUGCCAUAAUAUCUAUUUGGCUCAAAACAAGUGUUGCCCAGGCCAGACCCUGGUUAAACCACGUGACUAGGUAUUUGUGAUUGUUCUUACCAGUGUGAUCCACUGUUAAAUAGGUGAGACAUGAAUAAAGUCAAUAUUUUUUAAA